ACUUUCUCGAAUUUUCUUAGUUCAUUCUAUAAAAACGAAAAUAUCCCAUGUAAUUCGAAUCAAUCUCAUAAGAUUUUAUCUUGAAUCGUUUAAAAAAAUCUUUAUUAUCUUCAUCGAUUAGGAAACUCUGAAAAUUUUCUGUUGUUUUAAGAUUUUUCUUUUUGUUUCUACUGUGCAACAAUGGCGGCAAAGACUGAAAAAGCCAUAGGCAUUGAUCUUGGCACUACAUACAGCUGCGUUGGAGUAUGGCUCAACGACCGUGUCGAGAUCAUCGCCAACGAUCAAGGCAACCGUACGACACCAUCCUACGUAGCCUUCACUGACACCGAGCGAUUAAUCGGUGAUGCGGCGAAGAACCAAGUGGCGAUGAACCCUCAGAACACGGUCUUCGAUGCCAAGCGUCUGAUCGGCCGUCGAUUCUCUGAUCCUUCUGUUCAGAGUGAUAUGAAGCUCUGGCCGUUUAAGGUGAUCCCCGGACCCGGUGAUAAGCCUAUGAUCAUUGUGAAUUACAAAGGCGAAGAGAAGCAAUUCUCAGCUGAGGAGAUUUCGUCCAUGGUGUUAACAAAGAUGAGAGAAGUCGCCGAGGCGUUUCUCGGUCACUCCAUCAACAACGCCGUCGUAACAGUCCCGGCGUACUUCAAUGAUUCGCAACGGCAAGCCACAAAGGACGCCGGAGCUAUCUCAGGAUUGAACGUGAUGAGGAUCAUCAAUGAGCCAACCGCCGCAGCUAUAGCGUACGGACUGGACAAGAAAGCUUCGAGAAAGGGCGAGCAGAACGUCCUGAUUUUUGAUCUCGGCGGUGGAACUUUCGAUGUGUCUGUGUUAACGAUCGAGGAAGGAAUCUUCGAGGUUAAGGCCACUGCCGGAGACACUCAUCUCGGAGGUGAGGAUUUUGAUAACAGAAUGGUGAAUCACUUCGUUUCUGAGUUUAGGAGAAAGAACAAGAAGGACAUUAGCGGCAACGCGAGAUCUCUGAGGCGGUUGAGGACCGCUUGCGAGAGAGCGAAGCGGACGUUGUCUUCGACGACGCAAACGACAAUCGAGAUCGAUUCUCUCUACGAAGGAAUCGAUUUCUACGCCACCAUAACCAGAGCGAGAUUCGAAGAACUGAACAUGGAUUUGUUCAGGAGAUGUAUGGAACCAGUCGAGAAAUGUUUGCGCGAUGCUAAAAUGGACAAGAGCCAAAUCCACGAGGUGGUCCUAGUCGGCGGAUCAACAAGAAUUCCCAAAGUUCAACUACUUUUGCAGGACUUGUUCAACGGAAAAGAGCUCUGUAAAAGCAUAAACCCAGACGAGGCGGUGGCGUACGGCGCGGCGGUUCAGGCGGCGAUUUUGAGCGGUGAAGACAACGAAAAGGUUCAGGAUCUUCUUUUGCUCGAUGUGACUCCGCUAAGUCAAGGCCUGGAAACCGCCGGCGGUGUCAUGACCGUACUGAUCCCGAGAAACACCACGAUUCCAACGAAGAAGGAGCAGAUUUUCUCAACUUAUUCAGAUAAUCAGCCCGGAGUUUUGAUCCAAGUCUAUGAAGGAGAGAGAGCCAGAACGAGAGACAACAACCUACUCGGAAAAUUCGAGCUGACCGGAAUCCCUCCGGCACCGAGAGGAGUCCCUCAAAUCAACGUCGUUUUCGAUAUAGACGCGAAUGGAAUCCUCAACGUUUCGGCGGAAGAUAAGACGGCGGGAGUGAAGAACAAGAUCACGAUCACGAACGACAAGGGGAGAUUGAGCAAAGAAGACAUUGAAAAGAUGGUGAAAGAUGCGGAGAUGUACAAGGCGGAGGACGAAGAGGUGAAGAAGAAGGUGGAAGCGAAGAACGCCUUGGAGAACUACGCGUAUAACAUGAGGAACACCGUGAGGGACGAGAAGUUUGGUGCGAUUUUGGAUCCGAGCGAUAAGGAGAAGAUUGAGAAAGCGGUGGAGGCGGCGAUUCAGUGGCUGGAGGGGAACCAGUUGGCGGAGGUGGAUGAGCUUGAGGACAAGCUUAAGGAGUUGGAGGGUGUCUGUAACCCCAUUAUCUCUAAAAUGUACCAGAGUGGCGCCGGGGCCGACCCCGGAGCUGGAGAUGUUCCGAUGAGUGAUGGGUUUGGUGGUGGAAGCAGUGGUGCUUCGGGUACCGGAACUGGUCCCAAGAUCGAAGAAGUUGACUAAGCUUGGUCGUUUGUUGUCGUUUCGGUUUGAUCAGCUCUUUUUUGUUUAAGUCGUUUUUAGUUUUUGUUUUUGUUUUUGGGGGGUGUGUAUAGAGAGCUGAGUAGGAUGUAACAGAUUGUUUUUUUUUUUUUUGGUAUAAAUUAUAAGAAACUCAGUUUAAGAAUCAAUUAUUUAUUUAUUUAAUAAUACAGUCAAGAAAACAAAGAAAAUUUUAAUGUCGUA